UUUCCUUUACACCCCAUCCUCACUCGUUUGACCUCUCGUCCUGCAUUCGCUGGCAGACAGACAUCGCUUUCCAUUCUUUCUUCAACAUCACUCUUUCUCAUUACACAAGCUAAUGCCUCCCAAAAAGGCUACUCCAACUGCCUCCGUGGCCUCAGGCAGAGUCACUCGCUCUACAAGACAGACUCGUGCUGCCGCUGCUGCUGUUGCCUCUAAUUCAAUGAGCUCUACUUCGGCCUCAGAGGCAAGUAGGGCCAGUUCAGGGUCCUCCACUCCCAAUACAAGUUUUUCACUAUCAAAUUUAAAUAUUGACGAUGAUGAUAAGGAUGAUAAGAAGCAGGCCAAGGAAAAUAGUGAUGAUGAGGACGAUUUCCUUCCAUCAACAGUUGUAACUCCAAGCGCUGUCGCCCUAGGGAAGAGGAGAAAGAUCGAGGACCCAUCCUCGAAUCAGUUGAUUGCUGAUCCUCGCUCUCUCAAGCGCACCAGAAGUUCGGGCUCGAUGGACCUGAGUAGACGGCUCAAAAUUGAAUCCGACGAUGAUGAUGACUCGGAUCUUCUCAAGAGCGAGGAUUUGAGCGAAAUAGCUGAUAGUCCACCUCCCUCCAAGUCCACGGUCUCUAAGAGGCCUACACGUUCCAAAGCUGCGGCUGUCAAGCUUGAAGCUUCCACCUCUAAAUCCGUGCCGUCAUCGUCAUCUUCAUCUUCUACACAUAUAAGGACAAAGCCCUCACGUAUUGCCUCUGUAAAAGCUGCUGCAGCAGUUUCAGCUCAAAUCAAGGACGACAGCGAUAAUAUCAACGAGGAAUCUGAUGAUGAUGAUGAUGAUGAUGAUGAUGAUGCUUCUUCCUCUGAUUCAAGUGAGGGGUCAGUAGCCAGACCUAUUUCUCGUGCGAGAGAUCGAACUAGAGGGACUAUGACAUGGGCGGAGAAAGUCAACAAGAGACUUUUAGAGUUUCAUCCCGAACUUGCAACUGUCUGGGAUGAUCUUGAAAAGGUUGGCAUUCAAGCACCUGAGGCUGCAGAGCAGCCGGAAGGCUUAAAACUCAAACUCUUACCUUUCCAACGUGAAGGAUUAGGCUGGAUGCGUAAACAAGAGAAAUCUAUGUUCAAGGGCGGAAUUCUAGCUGAUGAAAUGGGUAUGGGGAAGACUAUCCAGAUGAUAUCGCUACUUUUGUCAGAGUCUGGGAAACCCAAUCUGAUCGUUGCCCCAACUGUUGCCAUUCUGCAGUGGGUCAGUGAGAUCACCAAUCAUGCCCCAUCCCUUAAGGCCCUGGUAUUUCAUGGUCCAAAUCGUACUGAAAGCAUGAAGGAGCUUUUGAGCCAUGAUGUCGUCGUAACCACCUACUCUAUCAUCGAAUCGGCGUUCAGAAAGCAGAAGUAUGGUUUUAGACGAGGAAAUACAACUGUUAAAGAAUAUUCGUUAUUGCACCGUAUCAAGUGGUAUCGUAUCAUUCUGGACGAAGCCCAUAAUAUCAAGGAGCGUUCGUGUAAUACAGCAAGAUCUGCAUUUGCACUUGAAGCUGAUAGAAAGUGGUGCUUAUCUGGAACACCUAUGCAGAAUCGAGUUGGAGAAUUAUACUCUCUUAUUCGCUUCAUGCAAGCCGAUCCAUAUGGAUAUUACUUUUGCAAAAAGUGCUCAUGCAAGUCGCUUCACUGGAAGUAUAGCAACAUGAAAGAUUGUGAUGACUGUGGACACAGACCCAUGGAUCAUGUCUGUUGGUGGAAUAAUGAAAUCCUGAAACCAAUUCAGACUUUUGCUGCGGAAGGGUCUGGAGAAGAAGCGUUUGCGAAGCUCCGUAAAUUGCUCGAUCGGAUAAUGUUGCGCCGAACUAAAGUGGAGCGAGCAGAUGACUUAGGGCUGCCUCCACGGAAGAUGAUCGUCAGCCGAUAUCUGUUUAACGAAGAGGAGGAGGACCUAUAUGAGUCACUUUUCUCAGAUACAAAACGCAAGUUCUCAACAUAUGUCGAACAGGGUACUGUGCUCAACAACUAUGCAAAUAUCUUUGAGCUUCUCACAAAGAUGAGGCAGAUGGUUGACCAUCCAGACCUUGUCUUGAAGAAGGUCAAGCCAGGUGACGUCGGCCUCCCUGAGACUCUAGUCUGCUGUAUUUGUCAAGAAGAGGCGGAGGACCCCAUUGUCAGCAAGUGCCACCAUCUUUUCUGUCGUGAAGAUGCAGAACAGUAUAUCACAUCAUCGGCUGUCGAGGCACCCGAGUGCCCGGUUUGUCAUAUCCCUCUUUCGAUCGAUCUCCAACAGCCCACUUAUAUGAAAGAGGAGCCAGAUUAUGAAGCAGAAGUUAAACACCGAAACUUUGCCCGUACCUCGAUUGUGAAUCGCAUUAACAUGGACACAUGGCGGAGCUCGACAAAAAUUGAAGCUUUAGUAGAGCAACUUUAUAAUCUACAGCGUCAGGAUCGAUCUACGAAGAGUAUUUGUUUUUCACAGUAUGUAACCUUCUUAGAUCUGAUUAAGUGGCGCCUCGAGAAAGCCGGUUUUAAGUGCGUUAAGCUAGAUGGCCACAUGACGCCCGCACAACGCGACGCUUCAAUCAGGAAAUUUAGUGACGAUCCAACAGUAACGGUAUUCCUGAUUUCGUUAAAAGCAGGAGGCGUCGCAUUGAACUUGACAGCAGCUAGUCGAGUAUUUAUCUGUGAUCCAUGGUGGAAUCCUGCAGCAGAAUUGCAGGCAAUGGAUCGUAUCCACCGUAUUGGGCAAUACCGGCCCAUCCUUAUUACACGACUCAUUAUUGAGAAUUCGAUUGAGAGUCGUAUUCUACAGCUUCAAGAGAAGAAGCAGGCAAUGGUGGAUAGCACAAUUGGCAAAGAUCCCGCAGCCUUGGCGCGUUUGACGCCUGAGGAUCUGCGAUUCUUGUUUGUCAAUUAAAGUAAAACCAUGAGCUAUUAAUUUAAAAAUGUUGCACCUGAUCACACAUCUGUCAUGGUUGCACAAUAGAAUAGUUUGACCAAAAUAUCGUUUCUGAAUUUUUUUCUGAUGUUUCUGGUCCUCGUUUGUGCUUCCUCUUCUUUUACACAUUCACUAAAUACAUUCUUCAUCACAUCUUUUCCAAUAAACCAUCAAGAGCCC